CGCCAAAAGAUCUUCAAGCACCCGAGGCGUGUACGAAGUGUCGAGCGCUCCAGAUGAGCAGCUCUACCAAUGCCUUGUUACCUUGUAAUUUGACAGCUCUACUGAAGAGAGACACGAUUGUACAGAGAAUGUCGCCCGCCAGAACAUUCGAGCACCAGCAGCAUGUACCUGGCGUCGAGUCAAGCAAAGAGCAUACUAUAACGACUCCGUGCCCCUGAGAUUCUAAUCUGGAACACAGCUUCUUGUGUAGCGAUGAUGUCGUCGCCGAGAAACCCUUUCCGUCGGGAUCCACCGCACCGGACAUUCCACCGCCUCACUACCUUUGGAACUUCUGCGCGCUACGUUUUGUUAUACUUACUUUCACGCGCAAUCACAACCCGUUUCGCAAACAGCAAGCAUGGACAAGUUCAACCAAGACUUCAGCGGCGUGUUCUAUACCGCUUUGCUAGAGGCCCUCGACGUCAAGAUCAAGGACGUUGUCUACACCAUGGUCAUGACUGACCCUAUGGUCCUCGCCGUCAUGGAUAUCGUCAAGCGCGACAUCGUCAACAGCGUCAAUACCUGUGUCGAUACUCUCGUCAAGGAGCGCAUUGGUGCUGCCGUCAAGGAUGCUCUCACUAAGGCCACACUACAAGCUGAAAUGAAGAUGGCUGAGAACAUCUCCAACAUCGAGCUCUCCAUCAUCAAGGACGUCCAGAACCACAUCAUGCUUCGCGACAGUCACUUCCAGAACUUCGACGGCCUCUUGGAGUCAGCUUGUGUCGACGCUGGCGAAGACAGCCUGGGUGCUGGAGGACCGCUCACCGACCUCAUCAACGUCGCUCAUGCUCUCAAUGACGGCGACGUCAAGACCUUCGAGGGCAUUGUGAAGCGUCUCAAGGAGGAGCUGUCUGGUGAGAGCGUCAACGUCAAGGAGGAAGGUGCUUCUCAGUAGUUUGGGUAGACGCCGUCACGCCCCAGGUCUGAUCGACCGUCGCUCUGCGGUCACCGGAAUCGUAGCUGUAAGUGCUUUGCUCGCCCGGUCGUUUCGAGAAGAAUCAUCAUAUGCUGCAAGCACUCACUGAACAUCAAGUAUCUGGUACUUCUUCUCUUGUCCACUGUGUAUCACUUUGUCAUACAUUCAGCUAGCCGUGAAUGAC